AUGGCUGCUGUCAGAGAGCGGAGGGAGCGGGAUGGGACGGCGGACGUGUACUCGGUGCUGCUCCCUACCUAUAAUGAGAGGGAGAACCUGCCUAUCAUCGUCUGGCUGCUGGUCAAGUACUUCGGAGAGAGUGGCUAUAAAUAUGAGAUUAUCAUCAUUGACGACGGAAGUCCAGAUGGGACAUUAGAAGUAGCUAAGCAACUGCAGAAGAUCUAUGGGAGCGACAAAAUAUUACUACGACCCAGGGAAAAGAAAUUGGGGUUAGGAACAGCCUAUGUACACGGCAUGCAGCAUGCUUCGGGAAACUUCAUCAUUAUUAUGGAUGCAGAUCUCUCCCACCACCCCAAAUUCAUCCCAGAAUUUAUAAAAAAACAGAAAGAAGGGGACCUUGAUGUUGUGUCUGGCACUCGCUACAUUGGAAAUGGUGGUGUUUAUGGCUGGGAUUUAAAAAGGAAAAUAAUCAGCCGAGGAGCAAACUUCCUGAGCCAGGUAUUGCUGCGCCCUGGAGCCUCGGACUUAACUGGAAGUUUCAGGUUAUACAAGAAAUCUGUCCUGCAGAAAUUGGUGGAGAACUGCGUAUCCAAGGGCUAUGUCUUCCAGAUGGAAAUGAUCGUCAGAGCCCGGCAGUUUAAUUACACCAUCGGAGAGGUUCCAAUAUCGUUUGUGGACCGUGUGUAUGGAGAGUCGAAGCUGGGGGGAAAUGAGAUUGUCUCCUUCUUGAAAGGCCUGUUAACAUUAUUCGCAACCACAUGA